AUGGACGGGAACACGAUCGACCGCCGGCUGAUCGGUAGAUGUGUACACGAGGAUCCCAGUGCUGUGUUCAAGGGAUGGAAGGAAAAUCCCGUCGAGUUCGACUCGGUUCUGAACCGUUCCCGUGUCAGUUACUGCUGGGGUAGUCCGGAUAUCAUCGACAUGUUUUCGCGUGGUGCAGUGCCUGGCCGGGUGCACACCGAUGCGUACGCAAGUGGAGAUGAAAUCUUUGCUCAAUCGGCCAACACUUCACUGUUGGAUGUUUGGGUGUUUGAUCGCGUGCGUCAAUUUCUAGCGGCCGAAAGCACCAAACGGAAUGUGUUAUCAAGCACAAAACUAAUCCUCUUUCUGCAUCUUCUCGGUUUGGAUACGGCCGGACACGUACACAAGCCCUACUCAGAACUUUUUACGGAAAAUCUGCUCACUGUCGAUCAAGGCAUUGCAUCGAUCGUUGAGUUGAUGGAACAGAGCACUGGGUACGAUGGACGGACGGCGUAUGUUUUUACAUCCGACCACGGCAUGACCGAUAAGGGAUCGCACGGUUCGGGUGAUCCGUUCGAAACGGAAACACCAUUCCUGGCGUGGGGAGCUGGACUUAGACACUGGAAUGGGACUAGAAUCGAAGCCGUCGACCUAAGACCGAAUAUUGUGAGCUUUCUGGAACUGGAUGGAAACAGUAUUCCGGUGCAUCAGAUUAAUCAAGCGGACGUGGCACCUGUUAUGUCAGCUAUCCUUGGCAUAGCGGUACCGAAGAAUAAUUUGGGAACGUUGCCUCAUCAUCUGCUGAACGUAUCGGAGGAGUACGCAGCUUGGGCAAUGAGCAACAAUGCGGAGCAGCUACUGGAACAGUACCACCACUGGCAGCGAGAAGCGGAAAGAAAAACGCUUCAAUGGCUGGCCCCGACGGAACAGAAAAAUUUCAAGACGAUGAUUGAAAACUUUGUAGGACAAAUCGAAAGCUCAACAGAGGCGAACGAGUUUGUUAAAGUGCAAAAGCUGUGCCAUAUGCUCAUGCACCUGAGCCUGGAAGCGAUUCGAUACUUUCAACGAUACCAUCAACCGGAGCUGCUCGUUGCCCUGACCCUGACCAUGCUGGGUUGGUUGUUGUUGCUGGCGAAGGAAACUUUUACCACUCCAGCCCAAAGAACACCGCCCGUAACGUUAUUGUACUUCCUAGUUCCCAUCGCACUGUGGGGUUAUAUAGGAGCCCACUGGAGGGAAUACACAUUCCUUGGAGGGCUGAAAACUGUGAUCUAUUGUAUAGGAUUUGUAAUUGUCGUAGAAACACUGGUUUUAGCAUUCAUGGAUCGACGUUUGUUGGCUCCCAUGCUUUGCCUCCAUUGUGUCCUCGUUGUGGUGUGUCUAUAUAGAGUGAAACAGACCGGCACAAAGUUUCCGUGGCCGCUGUUUUGGCGAUGGUUUAUCUGUAACACGCUUCUGGCAGGAUUCCCCUUAAUACCCAAUGUCGGUCGUGACAAUUCGAACGUUUACUUGCUAAUUCUAUCGAUCAUUGCCUGGACCGUUACCAACAUAGUAAUAUUGAAAAGGGGAACACUUUCUGCCUUCCUCACCAUGGCUAACAUCUUGCUGCAACUGUUACAAGCGGCCAAUCUACUGUACAUCAUCAGUGCGAUCGAGUCUUCGCAAUCCGUCCCGCAAUGGAGUAGGACUUGUUGUUGGGUGUUUUCGGCGCUGGGACUAGUGACACCGCUACUAGCGAGCACCACAAUUGCGGAUCGCAUGCUGGCGUUAUUUAGUGGCCUUAGUGCGCCCUACACGAUGCUCUCGCUAUCGUACGAACCACUGUUUUUGCUGUGCUUCUGCUUGACCCUCUACAGCUGGAUUGAGGUGGAGAGUUUCUUGGUGCACGGAAAAGUGAAGAAUUUCUCGUUUUGCUCGUCGAAAACUCCGCGAGCCCCGGUUGACGUUCAGCAAACGCGCCGCAGUUUGGCAUUUAUGCUGUUUCUUCUAACUUCAUUCUUCGGUACGGGCAAUUUGGCCACGGUCAGUUCGUUCGAUCCGAACUGGGUCCGAUGCUUCGUGACAACCUUCUCACCCUUCACCAUGAUGGCCCUGAUCGUACUUAAGCUGCUGGUGCCUCUGGUGCUGGUAGUUUGCUCGCUAAAAGCAAUGGUUAUCGUUACCGCCGUUGAGAAGAGGAAAAUCUUCACCCUCACGCUGAUCGUGUGCGAUUGGAUGUGUUUGAACUUUUUUUUUCUCGUCCGCAACGAAGGCUCGUGGCUCGAGAUCGGCACUUCGAUUUCACAUUUCGUCAUCAUCGAGUGCACGACCAUCGUAGUGAUGAUGCUGUACGAACUGGCCCGCGUCGUGUCGGAGUGCUCACUAAUCGAGAGGAAACGUGGACCACAAUACCUGCCGUUGUCCAAUAAAGUGCGAACGGAGUAG